UUAUUUUUCGAGAUUUAUUUAUUUGCAUUGUAAUUCUGUUUUUUAAGUGCUGUUAAAAUAAAUGUAUGAUUAUUAUUUGUAUAAUUAUACUUUGUUUCGCUAAGUUUUUGCUGAAAACAAUAAACCGACAUUUGAUAUUAUUUCGUAGCGAUAAGAUAGUUUUAUAAAUGUAUUUAAUAUCAUAUUAUAUUUGGUUGUGUAACUGCCCGUAUGGAGUUUUUCUCUGGAACCAUGAGACUUUUAAUCAUUUAAAUAAAUAUAUGUAUUUUAUAAUCCGGAAUAAAUGAAGAUGCAUGUUUACAUAUUAAACCAAGUUGUGACCUUUUGUCAUUUUGAAGAGGAAAAAUGAUCCAAUAUUUCGCAAAAGUUUUAAAACGUAUAUUUUUACUGCACUACAUGUACUUUCACUGUAUGAAGCUGACAAUACUUGUGUACUUUGAUAUGAAUUUGAACGCAGGAGUAUUUGUACACGAGUAGAUCUGAGUACUUGUUCCUCUGUGUGUUGUUGUUUACAGUAUUUGACGUGUGUCCGCUGCGCUGCACGCAAACAGGUGAAAGCUGCAUGGCAGUGCGCGUGUCUCAGGGGGGGGGGGUGUCUAAUACCUGACCGGUCUGCAGCCACAGUACACAUGAGAGCAGCCUGCCUGCUGCCGGGCAGACAUGUCCCGCUCACCUCUCCACUCCCUCCCCGGGGGAGAGUUGCUGUCCGCGGGGCUGAGUGUGAAGAACGGCCUGCAGGAGGAGGAGAAAGAUGAAGAUGGAGAUCUGGACGACGAGGUGGACGCUUCUCAGCUGGAGAGGUUCAUGAAAGACCGGAGGAGAGCCAUGUCCCUGCCCGCCUACCCGGCUGCGCUUCUGGUCGGCGUCUCCGGGAGUAACGGGAGGAAGCGGGUGAAGUUCGCUGACUCCAUGGGGCUGAACCUGGCCAGCGUCAAGCACUUCAGCUCGCUGGAGGAGCCGAAGAUCCCAAGUAAAGUUCUGUCCCGGCACAAGAGCUUCCCGCCGCAGCAGCAGGACUUCCUGAACGACGUGUGCCAGAGCUUUAAAGUCAGUCUGGACACGGACCGGCUGGUGGCCUGCUUCCCGGAGCCCCGGGAGCCGGAGCGGAGGGCACAGCGGUUCCGCGUCUGCCUGGAGAAAGUGUCCAUCUCACAGUUUGACGUGCGGGGGCAGAUCCGGGUCUUUACCGGCUGCACCGAAAAAGAGGUCGGGGUGAGGUACACCUUCAACGACUGGCUCUCCAACGUGGACGCGCAGGCUCUGCCCGCGGCCGCGGAUCAGCCGGGCUUCGUGGGAGAGCGCUUCAACUUCACCAUGUACACGCCGCCCAUCAUGGAGCCCUGCUCGGCCGUGCACUUCGCCGUGUACCUGCGGAGCGAGGAGGGGGAGUUCUGGGACAACAACGAGGGGCACAACUACACCCUCCAGUACCACUGCAUGCACAGCAUCAAGCCGUUUGUCAGCGCCGCUUUCAACGCCACCUGACCGCUGCGUGGGCCGUGCGUAAAGGCUAAAGCAUCUGUGCGUAAUAAACUCUCCGUCUGCUAAAAUGCUUUUCACUCAGCUGCUGAAUAAAACUCAAUCAGUUGUGAGUAAUGUGUUGAGUCUUUUUGAGAUUAGGGAACGUGCGUUCUGUCAGUUUUAGUUUUCCUUAGUUUUGGCCUCUGAGUGAUUCUGCGUUGCCCUUUGAUCUGUAAUUUAAGUGUUGAACAGCCUCAUUAAAUCUGAGAUGUGUGUCCAUUUAGAGAUAAUUGUAUGAACUGUCUCUAAAGGACACACGUCUCUGUCUCUCUGCUGUGGACUCCAUCUGCCUGUAGACAUGUUCACUCAUUAAAGAUAAUUAGCGGUGUGGAUGUAUGAGGUGUGUACAUAAAGCUCCAGGCUGCUGGACGUGGCUCCUGAGGAAACAUGUCAAUAACACGUGUUGAUGUUUGUCUUGUCAA